GUCAACUCUUCGAAAUCACAUCUUGAGUUCAGUGCCAUUUAGAGAGGAUGAUUUUCACUAAUGAGGAUGCUCGGCCUGUACUGAAAAAGCCAUGUGAGAGGAGGGUGGUCCGUUCGCAGGGGUUGCCCUCCCCAGCGCUCUGCUGUGCUUGCGGUCUCUGUAUUAUGCUGGCAGGCAUUAACAUCACCCUGGUAGGUGCUCUCGCCUUUACUAAACUCCUCCCUUUCAACAACCCUCCCAUCAUUAUUGGACCCAUCCUCCUAUUGGUGGCCUUUUCAUUUUUUGGAGCGUGUUGCAUCUGCAGUCGACAACCCAGUGCCCAAGACUCUCACUUGUCUACAGGACGGGACCACUGGCCAUUAAUGCGAAUGGGUGGAGCCAUGUUUGAGAUGGAGACUAGUGAACCCACUCUACUGGAUACCACAGCCAUUCAUCUCAGUCCAACAAACUCUCCAAGCUCCUCCCGUCGCUGUAGCCCCACCCAUCUUCCCGCUGCUCCACCCCAUCCUUUACAAACCUACAACUGUCAGUCAGCCACAGAGAGAAAUGAUGUGAAUGUACUAAACCCCAUACUGGAUGAAUUAAACUCAGAGUUUGGACCCUGCCAUGCUGAAGAAAACCUUUAAUUUCUCUCUGUGCACUUUGUCCUAAAUCUAGUGGCCCCUUGUAGCUCCCCAAUACAAUCUCAAAAGAGCUUGAACAAGUAUUAAGGAGCUGUCCGUUGGAUUUUGAAAACAUCCACAGUCACACAAAGGUCUUGA